AUGUAUGCAUCAAACCAAGGUCAUAGAAGAAAGUCACAAUCAGAUAGUAGACGAAACAGUAACGGAGUUCAAGGUUCCGAAAGUGGUGGAUCCGGUAGUGACAAUAAUGUUACUGAUGACAUCGUCAAAAUUACUGCUUCAUUAGACAAUAUUAAUAUAUGUGAUAAUGAAAAUGAAUCCAAGUCCGCCGCUCAAUCUACUACUAAUAACGACGCCUUGUCGACAGGCUCUCAGGGACAACAGGAGGUUGAGGAGUGGGAAAAGAGUGCAGAUGGCGAAGUAAAGAUUAACAAUGCUGUCAAUAGUCCUGGCGCUAGUCCUGUAGAUGGAAAUACGAAUCCAUUUGAUUGGUCAGCUAACAAACAAAAGGAAGGUCAAAGGAACGAUAAUGCUCCCAAAAAUGAAAAUAGAGGAGCCUUUAAAAAAGGACAUAAGAAAAGCAAGAGUAGUAAAAUUGAAUUCAAUUUUGAUCCAGAUGCAUUUGAGGGGUCAACUCGGAUUCUUGAUAUCUUUGAUUUUCCCGCAUCUUUCAAGACUCAUCAUCUCCACGAAAUUUUUCAAGAAUAUGAAAGUAUGCGUGGAGGCUAUCGCAUCAAGUGGAUGGAUGAUACUCGUGCUUUAAUCAUCUUUGAACAUCCAGUUACAGAUAAUGUUACAAAUCAAUUAGCUUCAAUCAAACCGUACGACGGCCCCACAGAUUUUCUUCAAAAAAGUCAGUUUUACGAUCCCAAUAAUGCUCAACCUCGAGCACGUCCUGCUACUACUGAUAUGGUCGCUAAGCGUCUUGUUCAUGGAGCUCUGGGUGUACGUACUAUUAGGUCACCUGAACAGCGUCAAGCAGAAAAUCAAAUUCUUCGGAAUGCUAGAGAUCAAAAAGACCAACAAAAGCGCAAUGAGACUAGACGUUCUCAAGAUGUGGACGCGGCCUUCAAUGAAUAA